AACACUGCACUUUCCUCGCUUGCGCGUAUUUAUUUUCUCCAUGAAGGGGAAAGAAGACAAAAGAAUUUCAAAAAAAAUUCGAAGGCUCAGAUCCCCCUUCGUCGUUUCGUCUCCGAAUUAGCUUUGAUUUCGCCGUUGACAGGCGUUGGAAAUCUGUUGCAGCCGGCUGGAUUCGGAAAGGACGAUCAAUUUGUUUGCUCGCGGAUUGAUAAAAAAAAAUGAGCAACGGCGAGCUUCUCCAAAUCGAGCCACUCGAGCUUCAAUUCCCAUUCGAAUUGAAGAAGCAGAUCUCAUGUUCCAUGAGAUUGACCAACAACUCCGAUAAUCAUGUCGCAUUCAAGGUCAAGACUACAAAUCCAAAGAAGUAUUGUGUGAGGCCAAACACAGGGGUCGUUGCGCCUCAUUCGACAUGUGAAGUUAUAGUAACAAUGCAAGCCCAAAAGGAGGCGCCGCCGGACAUGCAAUGCAGGGAUAAAUUUCUCCUUCAGAGUGUGGUCGUGAGCUCUGGAAUCUCCCCAAAGGAUAUUACUCCUGAAUUGUUCACUAAAGAGUUAGGGAAACAAGUUGAUGAGUGCAAGUUGAAAGUGGCCUAUGUUCCCCCCACUCACCCACCUUCACCGGUGCGAGAAGGUUCGGAGGAAGGGUCCUCACCUAGGGGCUCGGUAUCAGACAAUGGGGCUGUAAAUCAAUCUACUGAUAUGAUGUCAAAAGCAUUUGCUGGAUCCCAAGAAAGCACACCAGAGGCAAAGGCCCUGAUUUCUAAGCUGACAGAGGAGAAGCGUUCUAUCGUUCAGCAGAAUGGCAAGCUUCAGCAAGAACUGGAGUUGUUGCGGAGACAAGCUAACAAAAGUGGCGGCGGUGUUCCUUUCAUGUAUGUCAUAAUUGUUGGCUUGAUCGGCCUCCUGUUGGGAUACCUUCUGAAGUGAACAUGAACCAUGGGAGUUGGAUUGCUCUCAUAUCUAGAUGCUUAAAUUAUCCACUUGUUCACGAUUUUAGGACAUCGAUGAUGAAGAAAACAUGUCAGUCACUCGUAAGAGCUUUUUAAUACUCAAUUACUUAUUUCCAAAUUUAGAAACAUGGUUGAGCGAUUAUGAUUUUGGUGGCCCUUGUAAUUUGCUUUGUUGGUGUGGCUAGCUUCAACAUUAUUAUUAUUAUUAUUAUUAUUAUUAUUACGAUCAUAAUUAUUAAGAGUAUUAUUAUUUUUACAACCCAAAAGGAAAGUAUAUUCUUUUUCCCUUG